GCGCCCCCCCACAAGAUGGCGACACCAGCGAGUGGUCAUCCUCCUCCUCCCACUGAAAAGAAGUGGACGCUGCCGCCGCAAAGGAUGCUUUGGACGGAAGGAAAUGCCUCUUCGCGGGACGAAAUGACAGCAGCGAAAAAGCGCGAAUGUGCGGACGCCGACAGCAGUCUCGUCUCCAAACGCAGAUACAGCGCCCACUUGAAGUUCGCGGACAUCGACGCCGCGAUGCUGCAGUGGGUGCUCGAAAUGAACGGCCAAAAGGUUCCUCUCUCCGACAGUGCCAUACAGGCGAAAGCCAAACAACUUGCACAGGUACUUGGCACAACGGAUUUCAAAGCGUCAAACGGCUGGCUGUACAAGUUCAAGGAAAGGCACGGCUUCGUUAUUAACAAGGCCAGAGAGGAACGGGACUACGUCGACGUCGGACACGCAGAUUGCGGACUCGGAAACUAUCACCACGCGCUGCUCGAUCACGACCCCACGCGUGUAUACAGCUGCUGUGAAACAUCGCUGCUGUACAAGAGAGCUCCCUUUCGGGAUGAUACAACCGAGACGCCGGAGGACCGCUUCACGGUACUCCUCUGUUGCAAUGCCAGCGGGACGCACAAAAUUAAGCCACUGGUCAUCAACUGUUGCGACAAAGGCCAGGAAAAACUGCCCGUCACGUUUGCUUGGCAGAGGUCAUCCUUCAUGACCAGCAACAUUUUUCAGCAGUGGCUCUGGGAGUUUGAAAAGCAAGUGGACCACAACUCGGUACUCAUCCUGGACACCUGCCCGGCACACGUCAGCGUGCAGUCCGACAACGUCAAACUGCUCUACAUCCAGUCCAACCAGAGGGAGUUACAGCCACUGUAUGGCGGAGUCCUCAACGCCUUCAAGUGCAGGUACAGGUCCGACCUGGUGUCGCGCUAUUCCAGUUCUCCGGGGGAAGACGUGUCCCUCCGCGACGCGACGCAGCUCCUGGCGGACGCCUGGCAACAUGUCGGGCAGGAGAUGAUCAUCCAGUCGUGGGUCAAGUCUCAGUUACUGCAGGGACGCAUGUGUGCGGGGAGGCUGCACAACAGGGACUUUGACCCCGUCUCCCACUUGUGCGCCAACAUGGGUAAAAUAAGGGCGGAGGUGACGCGGAAGGACGCGGAGGAAUACCUCCACUGCGACGAUACCUGCUCGACGACGUACAGUUUCAGCGAGGAGGCCAUUGAGAGCACGAAGCCCUCCGAGAGCCCCGGUGCCCAGUAUGCCCACGGAUGUCCCACCAACCUCCACCCGGGAGAUAUCCUGGGCAUGUUGGAUAAGAUGGAGCAUUUUUUCACGCACCAAGCACUGACGAGCACGACGGACCUCCUGGCGAUUCACAGUUUACGUAACAAGACCAUCCGCAUUGCCACAGAUUUCCAAGUGGAGUAACGGAAGUCCAACGGAUUUCCUGGGAAGCGCACCCAUUGCAUUGCCGUUCUUGUGCCAAAAGACAAGCAACGUGUACUCCGACGUUAUACUGUACGGGGCAGUCUGGCAAAAAUGCAGCGCUUAGAUGGUUCCUUCGAUUGGAGUAUUCCGUGUGUGUCGUACUGCCUGCAGUUAUGAUGCGUUUCAAUUGGAAAAAUGUCAGUCGCAAAAUUUAUUAGGUGUUUUGAUCUUUUUAAUUCUGAAAGUUUAAACCUCGGAUGGCAUGACUCUGCCACGCUCUGAGCAGACAACCUGGUACCACAAAAAAAUGUGUCAGAGGAUCAUUUUUCUGUGCCACAAUCAAGCAUUUGAGUCGUGGCCUGCACAUUAAUUACCACCAAUUAGUUAACGUACCAAUUAACAAAAGUUACGGUGUCUCGAAUUGAUCACACUCCAGCACCGGGCGUCAUUAUUGCUGUUACAGGGGGCAUGGAGUACCGAAGAAAAUGAGAAUUCACAAGCAUUUCAUAAUACUUCGCAGCAACCAAAUGAACACCCAUGUGCAAUACUGGUCAUGCAAUACUCUCUCCAACGGAGACGUGGCACUAAAAAGAAGUAAACCUUUUUUUUCAGGAAAACAAAUUUAGUGUCCGACGCGGUUAUGCCACAGAGAACAUCGUAUGCGGCAGUUAACUACAAAUUUGUGCCAGAAUUCCGACUAUGCACACGAAGUAUGUUUGUAGGCAUCUUUGUAGCAAAUAUAUUUUGUAGGGUAGUCCCAAAGUAGUCCUGAAGUGGUCUCGCAAAAGACUUCCAUAUCGUAAGGCAAUUUUUACUAUCCAACAUAUCUCCGCCAGACAGGCAACUAUGCAGUUUUUUGGGUAGGGGCAAUUCCCGCAGCAAUUUUUUCGUCGACCGUACAUCGAAGGGUUGGUGUACGAAGGGGUAGACCAUUCCUCGCAACAUAUCUGUUUUUGCACCACUUUCGUGGUCCGUACACCUUUGACUGGCUGUGUUUCAAGUAUCAAAGUACGAUUAAUUCCGGGUGUUCAAACACUGCGUACACUUCGAAUAUAUUCCACUAGUUACCUCAUCGGAACUCAUUUUUGUCGUAACAUAGCAUGUCGAAGACACACAUAGACAUGUGGAAGACCCACAUUUCUCGAACAUAGACACAUGGACACACAUGGACACAUAGACAUGUGGAAGACACACAUUUCUCGAACAUAGACACGUGGACACACAUAGACACAUACCAUGUGGAAGACACACAUUUCUCGAACUGUGACAAAACCAAUUCCUAGUCCAAGAAAGAGUAAUAGGGAUUAGCAGCAUCAUUUCUUUCGUCAUAAUUAGUCUACGUUGUCAGAUUUUUCAGACCUUGCCUGCAUGCGCAUUUUUCUGCAUUUCAUUUAGUGCCAUUUUGCCACCAAAGCAUGCAAAAGCAAACGGAGAAGAGCUUUUGAAUACUCAAAGUAGUUUCGCUAGGAUGUCAAACUCAUCAUUACAACUGUUAAGUACUCAGCUCAUGCUGCACGUCUUGUUUAUUGCGUUUACUUUGAAGUGAUGAAGUUUCAGCGAAAAGAUGUCGUUUCUCGCGGAGUACUACUCACACAAAGGAGGGUGAAGCGAAAACGUUAAUGAAAGAUUCGAAAUGCUGCUCAGUUGUCUUUUCAGUUCCAACUCGCGGAUUCAAGAGUGGUCAACAGGUGGCACCACGGUAAAUAUGGUGUCCAAGAUUGCAAUAUGCGCUAAAUUCAGUCGCUCAGGUGGAGCAAUCACCACAUCAAUCAUUAAGUUCAUUUGUGUCACCACACAUCUAUUGACGAAUCUCACCCCUUCACUACUUAAAAAAUGACCUGCAGAGAGUCGCCAUCUUUACACUACUGUUGUGCCAUUGUGCUGUGUUCCCGCAUUGUAUAGCCACUAGUUGGCCACUGUUUAAACCCCAGGUAUGAAUGCUGCCAAGUCACAGGGCAAUGUUUUUAAAUUUUAUUUGUUUUAAGACCUUAGUUUAAUCUCUCCCUUGUAUUUGGUGAGGAACCCCAUAAGUGUUUACAUGUCCUUGUAUGCAAACUUUUCAUUUUGUAAUGUUUUAUGACAGUUUUUACUCUCGUCCACAGGGUAUUAUGUGCCAAAAGAUUACUGUAAUGUGAAUAUAGUUCAUAUCAGUUGACUGGCAAAGAAUGUGUAAUGUGUCUCCAGUGACUGCAGAAAGCACAUGGCUGAAUGUGGCAUGUUUUCAUGACUACAGCCUCGCAUGGUCUAUGUGGCACUGGUUGUAACCUCCAUGCAAUUUAGGACCUGUUGAGAAUUAUGGCAUAAUUUUGUUAGAAAAAAAGUGAAAUUUUUUUUCUAUAUGUAGAGGCAAUGGUGCGUCAAUCUUAUAUAAGGAUGUCUUACUCUCAACAAUGUUCGCGCGACUAAAGCACUCCCAGUGGUAAUAACGAAAGCACGUAAACUGCAUCUGAUAUCUCGGGUAAAGCCAAAUUCUGCACUGUUCCUUCGUUCUUGGGGUAAGCACCAUUUUCCCCAGAAGCUGGCAGAGCCGUUCCGAGGGGGGCGAGAGGGGCGGCCAACCCCCGGAGGUGCGACAGAUCCCGGGACCGAUAACGUUCGCAGUAAAGUAGGAAAUUUAAGUUGAAAUGAAAUGGAAGUCAGUAUAUCAUUUUUUUACUUUUUUUUAAAUAACUUUUUUAAACUUUGAAUUGUUUUUUUUUUUUUUGCACAUCUUUGAAAGGCAUUUAUGCGAGAAAACAAAUUCCUCAUUACGAGUGUGUACUGAAAGUUAAUAGUACGUACGUAAAUUCUGGGCCCAGAAUUUUACGUACCUUUAUUGCGCAAUCUUUUCUAGACAUUGCUGUUGAAGAAAACUGAAGUAGAAACAUGCUCGCAGAUGUGCAAUAGAUCCAGCCUUCUCCUCCUUUUGGCAAACUGUGUCUAACCCAAAGCAGUACUGAAACGUAGUAUCCUGGAAGCUGAGAAACGCUUUAAAUCCAGAGUAUACAAUGCCAAACCAAGCGUCUGAUAUAUACGACCACGAAUGAAGGGAAGCCUCUAGAGAUAAGGGCCAUUUCUUAUUCCAAGGCGAGGCUCCCUCACGGACUUGUGACAGCUACAAAUCAAAAUUAUGCAACACAGUAUAGUAGCGGCGUACGUUAUAUAGAUCAAAAUGAUGUUACUGUAGUGGGCAGUUUUUGUAGCGCUUGUUAUAAUACAAGAUAUGUGUGAUAAAGUAGAUUGUUGUACAAACAGUGUCAAUUUGUACAUGAUACUGGGUUGCAUGUAUAGCGAUAAAGUGUGUAUCGGAAUGCAGGAGGCUCAGAUUAUGGCCGGAACAGCCUUCGGCAGAGAGAGAGAACAAAACAAAUUGUUUGGGUUGUACGUUUGCUCGGGGCUAGAUAAGGUCCCUUAAUAUCUCUCGGUCUCCCACAUUGUUGGCAUGCUAUGUCUGAAAAGAAAUAAAAUGUACACACCA